AUGGCCAGGACAACCAGAACCAGCCAAGUGCCAGCGUCUGCCCGGGACGAUGCCACCGUCCGCAAGCGAAAAGCUCACAAGAAGUCUAGGCUUGGGUGUCGCAACUGCAAAAUACGUCGGGUGAAAUGCAACGAGGUUCGACCGAUGUGCGCAAAGUGUCUGGAGUACGGGGUGCUAUGCAACUACGAUCCUAGUAUACCAGAUCUUCAACCUCGAGCCGUCGCUUCCGUGGAAAAGCCCGUCUUUGGAACGACUAAGCCUAUCUUAGCCAUGGUAAAUGCAUCUUUAGACAAAAACACUCAUGGCUUAGAGUCGCAUAGCCGAGUUAUGCGAUUCGACAAAUCUGAUCUGGCCCGACUUGACAGAUUCCAGUCUAGGACAGUUCUGUCCAUUGGCACCAAGAGAGUUGCCCGAGUUUUCCAGCAAGAAGUCAUCCCGCUUGCCUGUGCGCACCCCUUCCUCAUGCACUUGGCCCAGGCAGUGACGGCGUCUCACGAUCGUUACCUGGGUGGAGUGGCAACCUCGAGGCCGAGCACAACCGAAGCCUACCACCUGAACCAGGCCUUGAUCUCCUUUCAGAGCGUCCUUUCUCGGCCCAUCAAACCUGAGGAAGGGGACGCGGUGCUGAUCGCCUCUUCUCUCCUUGGAGUUGUGAGCUUUUUCAAUCUCGAGGCAUCGUCUGUCGAAGACGUUUGGCCAUUGCGGGAUGCUGACAUGACAUGGCUCAAUUUAAGCGACGGAAAACAAGCUAUCUGGCAAGCGGCAAGCCCGUUGAGAAGAAACAGCCUCUGGCGACAGGUGAAUCACCUCUUUGAUGGCGAUAAAUUGCGUGAAGAUGAAGUUCCAGAACACGUGCCUUCCAUCUUCGACCAUCUCUGUGCCGAAGAUGCUUCGUCGGCAUCCGCAUGGGAGAACCCUUACUACAAGACUGCACAAACACUUUUACCUUUACUCGACCUUGAAUGCAACGACCGCACCUGGUUGAGAUAUCUUGGUUUUGCCAACCACAUGGACCCUUCUUAUAAGUCCCUACUGUCGCAGAGAGAUCCUUGGGCGCUGCUGAUGCUUUUAUAUUGGUAUAUGAAGGUCUGCCGGGGUUCUUGGUGGUUGUCAUCCCGGGCGAUCCUCCAGGGACAGGCGAUUUGCCUAUAUCUCGCACGGUAUCACUGCGAUGAUAUGACCAUACUUGCGGCUUUGGACAAGCCAAGCAGGGUAUUGGAGGCAGCACGAGUCGAAGGGUGGGGAGGUAUAUCCCCUGCAGUGAGCAGUCCGCCGUGGCCAGCCCGGGAGGUGCAGUAA